AUGGAUCCUUUGCCAUUAGACCCUGAUCCCAUAAGUACAGUCAAGGAAAAUGAUUGGCUUCCUCAUCUUUACACAACUCUGGUAGCCAUAUAUGAAAGCGGGAAGGUGGCUGUUGCUGGGCCAGGGGCGAUGUCGGUUGCUGUUGCUGGACAGAGGAGCUUAAAGGAGUUUUCAAGUUCUUGUGAGAGCUAUGCAACUCUGCAAUGGGGACAUCUAAAUCGUGAUGAGGUGCUGCUCAUAUCUGACAUUUUCUCUCGUGUACAAACCUCAUGGAACGCGGGGGAACUAGAGAUAGAUAACAUUUCCACUAUAGAAGAGCAAGCCGAUCUUGGAACUUUGGCGAUUGUUGUCAAAUUUGUUUAGAUAAUAUAGGUUACCAUUAAGAA